AUGAUUAUGGCUGAAAAUGAUGUAUCUAUAAAACAUGUUCGUGGUUGUAUUGGUGCAUUUGGUCCUCGUAUUGAUAGUAUGGCCAAUGAAGUCGCUACUGCAGCUGGUAUUAUUGCAGUACCAUUAUCACCUUAUCAUAUAACUCUAAUAACUAAAGAUGAAUUACGUCAAUUAUCAACAGAUUCAUCCAAUAAAAUCGAUAGUUUAUAUGAAAAUGCAACGGAAAUCGAUACAAGAAAUAUAUUUUCUCUUGGCCUUGGUGGUGAUUCAAAAGGUGUUUGUUGGAUUGUAAUUAUUUGGAAUGCAGGAAAUAUCUUUCGAAAAAAAUAUGGUCUAUCAUGUAAACAAUUCCAUAUAACAUUAAGUAAUAAUGAUGAUCAUACACUUGAUAAAAGUCUUAAUUCAUUACGUACAACAUUUUCAUUUGAAAAUCUUGAUUUAAAUACUAUUGAUCAUCUUGUUUUAUCAUAUAAUCUUUCUGAUCAAUAUGAUCAAGUAUUUAUCUAUGCACGAGAAAUGUGUAUCCAUUUUCCUAAUUCGGAAAAAGGUUGGUUACGUUUAGCUGAUAUUGCACGACGAAAUGAAUAUUAUAAGUUGGCUAUGUUAGCUUAUGCACAAACUCUGCAUCUUAUUAAUGCACAAGACAAUGAAAAAAUUCAAGAUUAUUGUUAUAAAAAAAUUCUUAGUUGUGCAUCGAUUCACACGGAAUGGGAAUGUCUUUUUGGUGAAAAUGAAUUCGAUCAAGUUCCAGAAGAAUUAAAAAUGAAUUUAUUCACACCAUGGACACAAGUAAUUCGACAGAGAUUUAUGAAUAUUUAUUCAGACGUGCAACCACAAUUUACUCAAAAAUCACGUGAACAUCCUCUUGUACCUUUUAUUGAUCCACGACGAACGAAUGAAAAUCUAGUAAUGUUUUCAUUACCACGAUAUUUUCGUUGGAUUGUUCCAUUCUUUUUAUCAAUCAUGUCUACUCCACGACAUGAACGUGAUAUUGAUGCUCUUGCAUCUGUUCAUAUUGGAAUUCGACAUGUUAUUACAUUAACAGAAGAAGAUCCUUUACCUGAAGAAUGGUUUUUCAAUAAAACAAUUUCACAUACACAUCUUCCUGUUGCAAAUUAUCGAGCACCAACAAUAGAACAAGUUGAUUUAUUCUUUCAAUUGAUAAAUGAUCCAACGAAAACACCUUUACUGGUUCAUUGUGGUGGGGGAAAAGGUCGAGCAGGUACAAUGAUUGCUUGUUAUUUAGUUAUUUAUGGUUUUCAAACACCAACAGCUCACGAAUGGACUCAGCCAUGUAUGUCAGCUAGUGAAGCUAUUGAUAAAUUACGACAAUUAAGACCUGGAAGUGUUGAAACAGAAGAACAGGAACGAUUCAUUCAUACAUUUGUUAGUACAGUAUGGAAACGACAAUCUUCUUUGUCAUCCUUACCAACUGAACCAUAA